AUGCCGGGAAUUGAUCGACGGGAUGCUUGUCGUUUCUGGUCAAAGGAUUAUAUCAGUGGAAUUUCAGCUUUAAUUGGUUGUAUAGACAAUGAUAUCGACCGGCUCGAGAAGGAAGCUCAUUUCUACAAAUGGUUCAUCGACGACUGGUCCAAAAAUUUGUUACAAAGUUUAGGUAAGGCAGCUCAAGAUACUGAAUUGUUUGAGCAUGAAGCAUUGUGUGAUCUGCUAAUAGAUCUGAAGAGGUCGUUGAAUGUCGAAGAAUUAGAAGGUCAAUGCCUGGGACCCUUACAGGCAACUAUCAAAAGAGAGAAAGAAGUGCGCCAAGAAAUGGAACAGCAAUUGAAAUCGUUUCAUACCAACUACUCGAAGGAUCUGAAAGCCUUAAAAGACUCAUUUAAAUUGUACAAUCGCAAAGCAUCUGCAUCACCAUUUGUUGAAUCCAAACUGUCGGAACCAACCCAAACAGGCAUUGUUUUAGAUGAUCAUUUGUCUUUUACCAACAGUAAUGAACUACAAUCAUUCUUGGAAAGGGUUAAGCAACCAAUGCCAGUACAAAAGAAGGGCUUUAUGAACUAUUUAGGUGUAGAAGGCAAAAAUUCAUUUCAAGGCAAGGUGAUGCUGGAUGCAAUCAAGAGAAACACCGAAAAGCUGGACACUUCACCGUACAAUCUAGACAGACUAGGCCAGAAGAUGUUAGAUCUGAAAUUGAUAGAAGAGGACAGUAUGGCCAUUGGCGGCAAACACCUCUUCACGCAGGACGGAUACUUUCAGUGGCCCCAGCCAUCGAAAGAUCCUACAGCUAAUAAUUCUUUGACAAGUUGGUUCAAAGGGCUUCCAAUCGGUAGUGUCAAUGAUAUUGGGAUCGAUGAAUUGAAGGAGAGAUAUUUCGCAAAAUGCUGUAAACUAGAGUACUCGAGAUUCGAGUUAGAGAAGGCAAUUUACCAAGUUUACAAAAGCUAUUUCCAAAACUCAGCACAGGAAAUUGACAGACACCUAGUAAAUAACAGAAGGACAUUCAACAAGCUGUUCAAGCGUGAUAAGAGUCCGGAGGACAUCAUCGAGAAUCCCAUCCCGGUCGUACGUUAUUUCACUAGAGACAGCAGUACACACAUCAUCAAAUGGGAAUUCGAGCAAGAUCGACUAGUUCGUCGCGAGAUGAUGUUUGGCUGUCCUGCCAUUGACGAAGAUACGAUCGCUGCGAUACACCUGAUCUUGAACCAUGUAAGAGACUUCAAUGACGAGAAGGAUCUGGAAGCGAAGAUCGCCAAAAGCUGGACCAGCGGGAGCGUCGUGGACAUGAAUCGAGCUAUCAGUCUCAAGAUGGAUCUGAUUAAGAUUUUUAAAGAUGUGAAUAACGCAACAAACACCAAAGCCGUGGAAACAAUUAUCCGUAGCAACCACUAUACCGCAGUUGACGACUGGAUAGGUUUGAUCAAGUUAUGGCUGCUCGAAAUCCCAGACAGCCUGGUACCACCCAUUUGCUGUGAUCUCAUUACGAAAAACCACGACUGGACCGACAAAGUACCACUGAAUAACUUACGAGUACUCAUUGAAAUCUGCAGUCAUUUACAAUCGAUCAAGAUGCCCAUAACGCAACCUGAAAACCCCAUAUACCACUACUUUAUCCGUCCAGCAGACUGUCUACGAAACUUCACCAAGGACUACAAUACAUUCGAGCCCUGGGCUCUUUCACUGCCCACAACAAUCGAAUCCCUCCAGCUAGCCUACCAUAACAGAAGACAAGAAGAACAACUCCAGAUAUCUCAACCGGCACCAAAAACAACCCCAAGUAUUCUGAUCCGGUCUAUCGAAGAACCAACUACACCACCGCGCCUUGACGAAACUUUCAUCCCAAGACCUUUCAGAACCGUAUCAGCGGCAAGCUCAACGCCAGGCUCACCGGUUCCAAGCCGUGCCAGCAAGCGUAUUAGUGGCCUCGUCAUCGAACUACCAGGCUCACCAACCACUACUACUGAAUCGUAA